GCCAAUUUCCCCUUUCCCCCCACACAAUUCCUUCUCACUUCACAAUACCAUCAUACGUAAGCUAGCACCGAAAACGCCACGGCCGGCUUAAGUCUAUCCACCAGGGUUAAGGACGUAUAGGUAUAAGAAUACCUAUUAUACCUAAUACGUUUCGCCUCCAGGAACCUCUCCUCCCACCCUCGCGAUGCAGGCAACACACAGAUUGCUCCAGGCCUGUAGGAUCACUCUCUUCACACGCGAGAACUGUGGGCUGUGCGCCAAAGCCAAGGACGUCCUGUUCAAUGUCUCGAAGGGUCGGCCGUUUCAAUUCAAGGAGAUCGAUAUCGUUAAGUCGGCGAGUGGGUCGGCCUGGCGGGAUCUGUACGACUUCGACGUCCCUGUAAUUCAUAUCAGCAAGUCUUCAGCUGGAGACGAAAAUCCAGAGUUUGCUUCGCGGGCGAUCAAACUUAUGCAUCGAUUCACAACUGAAGAGGUUGAAGCUAAGAUGGACCUCGUCGAGAGGGUUUGAAGGAGGCGGAUUACGACGCCCGGAAGCCUUGUAACAAAAAAGACCAAUCUCUAGGUAUAUUCUUGAUAGCCGGCUGCAUGCUUGCCGGCUUUGCAGGCAGGUAACUAAGAAAAAGGGACAGGCCAAAUCGUGCAUUCUCCUAAUCGCUAUUACACCGUGUAUUUCCUAUAGUAUCAAUAUCUCCC